GCGCGGGCGGGGGGGGCUGGGAAGAAAGGAAGGGUGGGAGCAGCCGAAGAGGCCCCGUGAGGGAGAGGGGAGGGGGCGUGGUCGUCUGGAGACGGCGACGACGGGCGUGAGUGCCGCGGGGAGGGAGGAGGGAGAGAAGAGGCGGACAGGGCGUGGACAGGGUGGCCAUGUGUGGCUGGAUGAUGUGAGUACUUUAAGCAAAUCUCGGAUCCGGCACGUCGCGACACUAAGCGCCUGCACCGCUCCCUCGCCAUCAGGUCAUAUGAGGGCGACCGACCUCUCCCACCCGGCCCAACAUCUCCGUCCCCUUUGGCACUGCGACACUCGUUCUCCUCGAGCGACGGGAGGGCGACGUCGGGAGGAGGAACAUCCGAGUGUGAUCAGAGUGCCUCAAUUAUGCAGAUUCUCCUGCCGUCUCCCUCGAUGGGCUCGCGAUCAUCGACUGCACGCUCCUGCACAUCACCCGCACUCGCGAUGAGCACCGCUACGGCCACGACGCCCCUAGCGAGGAGAGGCACAGCGUCGGGCUUCCUGAUCAGGGCACCGACCGCGAUCGCAGAUCUUGCUGACAUAAGCCUCGCGGCACCGGACCUUGCUACCCUCCCUGGCUCAUCGUUUGCCAGCCAGCCAAGGCCCAAGACUUGUGCGUCGUUGCGCCCUUCGUCGUCGCCCCGGAGCGACCACCGACGACGCAACAGGGGCACCGUGUGCGCAUUGAUCCCCUGGAACGCAGACCAGAAGCGUCUCCUGUCGUUCAUGCCGGCCGAGCUGAUCCAGUAGUCAUCACCCUCGCGCGAUCAACGUCAACCGUCCUCGUGCUCCUGACCCGCCCGCCCGCUAAAAUGUCCCAUCAUUCGUUCAUGGUCGUCCGCCAAACUCUAUUGCUCGCCACCGACAGGAGAAAGGUACUCUCCGCCGCGUCGUUGCGUAUACUGACCACUCCUGUAUCUGCGCCGGCUGAAUAUGCGCACACAUCUCGCACGGCUGCCGCCCUCUUCCUUAUCGCAUAUCUACCAUCCAUCGCGCGCGGCCAUCAUCUCCAUUGCCCGUCUUUGACAAACAAUCUCAUCGCUGCCGCUGCAAUAAAGCAACAUCCCGCCAGAGCACUCGGCGUGCCGCC